CCAAAAUGAGGUAGCAGCCCAAUCAAGGGACCAGACCAGCCUCUCCCCUGCCACUCGCCGCGCCGGCCAUUUCUCCCUUCCUUCCGCCGCCGCCGCCGCCGGGGCCUUCCUCCCUCCCUCCCUCUCCCUCCUUCCUCGCCUUCGCCAGAUUCGCCGCCGAGCGCUGCGGCUCAGGGAGUCGUCAGGCUGCAGCGCCGCUCCUCCCUUCCCCUGUCUGGUGGAGUGGAGAUCCGUCCGGGCGUGGAGGAUUGGCUUUCUUCUUCUUGCCCUAUUGGAAUUUUUCUGGUAAUCAGCAUGGCAUUGUCAUCAGUGUUUAGGAGAAUAAAUGUGAAAGAUUUGACCUCCAAGGUUUCAGUCUAUACCAGUGCUACAGAGUUAUCUGGUGGACUAAACAUGAUAUUUAGGCGCUGGGCCACAAAAAAGACUGCUGGGUCAACAAAAAAUGGCCGUGAUUCCAAUCCAAAGUAUUUGGGUGUAAAGAAGUUUGGUGGAGAGAAAGUGCUACCAGGAAACAUCAUCGUCCGCCAAAGAGGGACCCGCUUCCAUCCUGGAAACUAUGUUGGCAUGGGCAAGGACCAUACACUUUUCUGCCUGAAAGAAGGCCAUGUCCGCUUUGAGCGCAACAAGCUCUCAGGCAGGAAAUGGGUUCAUGUUGAUCCAGUUGCUGGUCAUGAUCUUCACCCCAUUUAUGCAGAUAGUUUUGCUACUACAGCCGACACUGAGCCUUUGCAAUAAUAUGUUUGGGGGUUUGGGGUGUCAUUUUGUCCCAACUCAUUCAGCUGCCAUUUUACAGUUUCAUGUGUAAACUUUAGCAGGCUCGAGUGUAGCUGGACCUUUUCUUUGUAAUCAUAACUACUCACUUUGAAUAAUGUAAGUUAUACUUUGUGAUCUUUAUUCUCAUGGUUGCCUUCAAAUUUUAAAUAUGAUGUCACUACAGUGGAGUUUUUAUCAUUAUAA